AUGGAAGAGACAGUGGAGAAAGGUGCAGUGUUCACUGCCGAUAAGGAAAUCCACGGAGGCUUGAAGAGGUGCGCAGAGGAGAUCAAACAAUCAAGUCGAGGCCACAACUUGGCACGUGUCAAUCCUCUGAUGGCAGGCUUUAUGAUGCUGACGUAUCACUUCCACUAUUCCCACAUGGCCAGUGAGAUUUUGAUGGUGACGUCGAGGUUCCGAGCCUUUGGUCACCUGUACAAUGCGCUUGUGGAGCAGAGAUUUCUUCAGCACAUUCCGUUUUUCGACGAAGUGCUGCGAAUCUACGACGAGAUGAUCUUCACGCCCUCACGCGCUGCAGCGGUGCAUGGCUCUUACAAUCGCGCUUACUUACUGAGCUCUCACUUGACUGUAACUUCAGUCAACGCCAUGUAUCGUGGUGAGACGCCACCGGCUGGGAAAGAAGGCGUUAAAGUGCGGAAGGCGCUUCACUUCCAGGAUUUAUCCCAGAUCUACCGACUUCUCACUGAGAACGACAGGUCAGUGCUUGGUGGUGCGUCAUCGAAGGCCAUGCUGAACAAAGCAGCGGAUAUCUGCUCGAUGGAGCUGUUCCAGACACGUGUGCUCUCUCGUGACAUGUUGUAG